GCAAAUUCGUUCGCUGCUCCGACCGUGUCGAUCGUUGCCCUGUCAUGGAGUGAUUGCAUCAUCAGGUGCUUACUGUUCAGCUGUUGACGAUCCCCCGACCUUCACCUCCACCUCCGCUCCUCUUCCACCUCACCAUUCAUCACUGCUGCUUGAUGGAUAGCUUCUCCCAUCCUAUCCAUCAACACCUAUUCUUUGUUUGACAUUCCUAUUCAUUACCUGUCGGUUGACUGCGCCGACUCAACCGCAAUGCGCCCAUCCCUUGCGGUGCUGACAGCCGCCCUUCAGGCGACCGUCGGCAUUGCAUCCACCUUGACGCCGCCCGUUCUACCUCUGAUCGUGCGGAAUCCCUAUCUGAGCACCUGGUUUGGAAAUGCCAGAGAUGAACCCUGGACUAAAUGGCCCAUGUUCUACACUGGCGAGGAGGUGGGCCUCUCUCUGAUGGCUCAUGUCCCCAGCACGGGCACCGUGUAUCCAUUGUUGGGCAAGCCUCACGAAUCCCUGCCCAGGUCACAAAUCGACUUUCCGACAUACCUUGGUGCCAACUACGACGCAUCUACCACCAAUCUGACCUACCGCAUUGAUCCCUCCACCUCUGCUUCCCAUCCCCUGGAGAUUACCCUCUCCUUCUUGUCUCCCAUCACUCCCACAUCAACUCUGCGGCAGUCGAUUCCCGCAUCAUAUGUCACAGUCCAUGUCCAUGGUGAAGUAAGCGUGAAUGUCUAUAUGGACAUCAAUGGAGGCUGGGUGAGCGGUGACACCCGGAGUCAUAUCUCUUGGCAGUAUGACGCGUUCGAUGCGAAAGACAAUAAGCCGGCUUUGCGGAGAUGGCGAUACCAGAGACAGUCUGAGCUGCUGUUUUCGGAAAUCCGCGAUCGCGCCGAAUGGGGCACUCUUCACUUCACCGCGCCCGCCGAUGUCCACUUUCAGUCUGGCGAGGCGUCGGCCGUAAGGAAAACGUUUUUGACUCAAGGAGUCCUGGACAACGUCAACGAUGAAGUCUUCCGUGCCAUUGGAGACCGAGAGCCGGUCUUUGCGUUCUCCAAGUCAUUCGUUCUCAACCGGAAAUCGGGGCCGACCAGCGCCAGCGUAACAUUUAGCAUUGCCUUGAUCCAUGAUCCUGUUGUCCAAUAUGCCUCUGCACGUGGUUUGACUUUAAUGCGACCUCUGUGGGAGUCAUGGUUCCCUAGCGUCGACGCGCUCCUGAACUUCCACUACCACGAUUUCUCCCAGGCGAGUGCGCUGGCCUCCAACUACUCGGAACAGUUAGCCAAGGAUGCCUAUCAGUCGGGCGCACACGACUAUGUUGACAUUGUCGCACUCUCUGCCCGACAAGUCAUGGGGGCAACUACCUUCUCUGGAACGCCUGAAGAUCCGAUCUUGUUUCUGAAAGAGAUCUCAUCCAACGGAAACUUCCAGACGAUUGAUGUCAUCUUCCCUGCCUUCCCGUUCUUCCUGUACACUAACCCGCGGUGGUUGGCCUACCUUCUGGAGCCAUUGAUCGAGCACAUGUUGAGUGGACAAUAUCCAAACACGUACGCCAUGCAUGACUUGGGAACUCACUUCCCGAAUGCCACUGGACAUCCCGAUGGAAACGACGAGUACAUGCCAGUGGAGGAAUGCGGUAAUAUCCUCAUCAUGGGCUUGGCCAUUGUGAACUCGCUGCGUUAUUCAGAAUUUUCUGCUGCGUCGUCCAUCUGGUCAACACAAGGCGAGAGCCCUGUACUUUCGGACGAUCAUCCUGGGUACUUUCCUCUUGCAAAUCUCCAGGCACAUGGAGGUAUUGAUAAGCAGGAUGGACGCUGGGGUGGUGGUAUACAAGGCCAACGUGAGGCGGAGCGAUGGCUCCAGCGCAGCUAUCGUCUCUGGAAACAGUGGACUGGCUACCUGGUGGAGUUCGCGCUGGAGCCCGAGAAUCAGCUUUCGACGGACGAUUUCGCCGGCUGGCUUGCGCUUCAAACGAACUUGGCACUCAAAGGUAUUGUUGGCAUCAAUGCCAUGAGCAAGCUAGCUGAGGUGGUUGGCAAUGAUGAAGACGCCUCUUACUACAAGGAUAUCGCAGAUAGGUACAUUGCCAAGUGGGAGGAGCUGGGCAUGUCUCGAGACCAGACACACGCGAAGCUCGCUUACGACUGGUACGGAUCGUGGACCACCAUCUACAAUCUGUACGCCGAUGCACUGCUGUGCUUCCAUCUGGAGGGCACCGAUAUCUCUCCACACGCCACGUCUGGCUCCAAACAAAGACCUCUCCAUCCACACCCUCCUCACCCGCACAAGACGGGCUUCGUACCCCGGCACAUCUACCAGAGGCAGUCGAUUUGGUACCACAAUGUGCGUCAGAAGUAUGGCCUCCCUCUAGACAGCCGGCACUUGUAUACCAAGACCGACUGGGAGUUCUUCUCCAUGGCUGUUGCCAGCGAGAACGUUCGCAGCGAGGUUCUCGAAUCCGUCGCCAAAUGGGUCAAUGAGACGGUCACCGACCUUCCGUUCACCGAUCUCCACAACACGGAAGGCAAGGGCGAAUUCCCUGGGCCGAACUUUUACGCUCGGCCCGUAAUCGGCGGCCACUUCGCGUUCCUGGCCCUUCAGCGCGCCUGUGGGGGCCGGGCGAUGGAUGGUCUAGCCUAUCUAGACGAGGGGAACCACGUAUUCUCGACCAGCACGCUGGCGGACUGGAAAAAGGCCGCAGCUAAGGCUGCCGAACAGUUUCAGGCCUCGUCUGAGCCGGAAGAGUCUUCUGACAACGAGUUUGGCUAUGGAUCUGAGAGUCUGGAACUCUGAGCAUGAACGAAUAUAUAUAGCAAUCGUUUUGUCUGAUCUACAACAACAUCUUGGAGUAGUUCUAUUCUCCCUAGGAACACUUGUCUAUAGGGAUCUCUACUGGUUAUGUUUGUUGAAGAGAAA